UUUGUCUUAUUGUGUGGAGUUGAUAGUGAAGUUUUUAAUAUGAUUGUUUUUUUUUUUUUCAUUUUAGUAACUUGGCUAUCAAUAACUUAACUUUUUGUACUCUCGUCCCAUUUGCGUCUUUACAAUACGAAAUCGUAAAUUAUAUCAUACCUAAAUCAAUCCCCAGUUCGUUUCACGAUAAUGUUGUCAGAGCACGAAUAAGGUACAAACGCAGAUUAUAUUAAACUGUUUUAUAUAAUCUGUGGUGCAAACAACCAGUUUAUUCGCGUAUUCAGAUCACCAUAGUAAGUAUUGCUAACACUGUCAGAACAUGGAAGCCCCGACUGUUGACGGGAUGGCAAGUGAUUUUCAACCAGUCUCUGGAGUGACAGCUAGUGAUUUAUCAUCAACAUCAGUCAUCGAGAUGGAACACAGUUUGUCACCAGUUAUCAUUAAGACCGAGAAGCAUCUUGAUAACGUUAAUGUAGAAUGUUGUGUGGUCAAUGGUGAUAACGGUGAUAUUGUUGAAGUGAAAACACUUCGAGAUGUAGUGCGACAGCAAAAAGAUGAGCUUGACUAUUACCAACGACAAUUGGCCAUAAAUGAACAUAAAUAUUUGACAGAUGUCAACAAUUUACAAUUACAGUUGCAGUCUUCGGAGAAGAUGUACAAUUCUGCCAAAAAUGAGAAGGAAGCUGCAUUCAUGCGAUAUGUUCUUAAAGAAAAAGAAAUACUAGAUUUGAAUACAGAAAAAAAAAAAUUAUCAGACACCUUGAAAGAAAGAGACAAACAGAUUGUACGUUUGAAAGCCAACACUAAAGAUGUUGCUAAUUAUAUGAGCAUCAUUGAAACAAAAAAUAAAGAAAUAAAGGAGUAUAAACUUCUGAUUGACUUGCUAAAAGAUGAAAAAGUAAGAAUUUCCAAAGACUUAGAUCACUGGAAAACUAAAUAUGAACAAGAUACCAAGUGUUCGUUUGAGACAGAAGGUAAACUAUUACAAGAAAUUCAAGAAUUACAAAAUAAAUUAGAAUCUUUAACCAAAGAAAAUGAAUCAUUUAAUGAAGAAAGUAAUUUGGAAAAAAUAAUACAGAAUAGUCAAUUAUUCCUAAAUUUAAAAGAAUUCUCUGAACAUCAAUUACAGGAAGUAGAAAAACUAAAAACUGUUAUUGAAGAAUUGAAUCAUAAACUUACUGAGUGCCUGAGUACUGUCAAUUCUUUAGAAAAUGAAAAUAUUGACCUUAAAACUCAUAUGGAAAGUUGUGAAAUCAAGACCAAUGAAUUGCUUGUAUUCACUGAACAUUUAAGUUCACGAAAUGCUUCUCUACAGUCUGAUAGUAAAAAUUUACAAACAUAUUUAGAUAAAUUAAAAUGUGAAUGUGAUAUAUUAAAGCAAAAAAAUAUUGAUCUCAAGACUGCUUUUGAAGUUCAAAAAGAUUCAAUAACUAAAGAAAAAGAACUUUAUGACUGUGACAAAAAACAGUUAGCUAGCCAUCUGGCACAGAAAAUGCAAAUGAUUGCUGAUUUAAAAACUACAUUGGAGCGCACUCAAGAUGAUUUACAUGUUACUAAACGAAAGUUUAAAUCUACUGUAGCUGAAUUGACUAAAGAGUUACAGAAAAAAAAUGUGGCAGACACUUCAGUCGAAAUGAAAUUAGUAUUAGACAAGAUGGUGAAACUUCAACAAGAAAAUGCUAGGCUUAGUGAAAAGCUAGAUUUUGUUGAAGAUCACAACAAGCAUUUAGUAUGUGAACUAAAAAAAAAGAGUAGUAUUAUGCAUAAACAUGGGAUAUCUAAUGGUAAGAAUGGUGUAAGCGAGCAAAAAACAAAACGAUACUAACAUGUUAAUUUGCACUAUUAAUUGGAUUUAACGCUUUUAUUUGUUUAUUUAUUA